UCGCUGGAGCUGUCGUCGCGGCCCCCCGCGCCCGCCGCCCUCAACCCCUGGGACGUGAUGCUCUGCGUCUCCGGCACCGCCAUCGCCUGCGAGAACGCCUUGGUGGUGGCCAUCAUCUGCUACUCGCCCGCCCUGCGCACCCCCAUGUUCGUGCUGGUGGGCAGCCUGGCCACGGCUGACCUCCUGGCCGGGCUCGGCCUCAUCCUCAACUUCGUUUUCCAGUACGUGAUCCGCUCCGAGACAGUCAGCCUGCUGACAGUGGGCUUCCUCGUCGCCUCCUUCGCUGCCUCCGUGAGUAGCUUGCUGGCCAUCACGGUCGAUCGCUACCUCUCCCUCUACAACGCCCUCACCUACUACUCCGAGAGGACGGUGCUCUGCAUCCACACCAUGCUGGCGGGCGCCUGGGGGGUCUCCCUCUGCCUGGGGCUGCUGCCCAUCCUGGGCUGGAACUGCCUCCAUGACCGUGCUGCCUGCAGUGUCGUCAGACCUUUGACCAAGAGCAACGUGACGCUGCUGUCCGCCUCUUUCUUUCUCAUUUUCCUCAUCAUGCUCCAUCUCUACAUCGAGAUCUGCAAGAUCAUCUGCAGGCAUGCCCACCAGAUAGCUCUCCAGCAGCACUUUCUGACUGCUUCACACUACGUCGCCACCAAAAAAGGAGUCUCUACCCUCGCUAUAAUCCUCGGGACUUUCGGAGCCAGCUGGCUGCCUUUCGCCAUCUACUGUGUAGUGGGGGAUCCCCACUACCCUUCCGUGUACACGUACGCCACGCUUCUACCUGCCACCUACAACUCCAUGAUCAACCCCAUCAUUUAUGCCUACAGAAACCAGGAAAUCCAGAGGUCCAUGUGGGUGCUCUUCUGCGGCUGCUUUCGGGCUAAAGUGUCCUUUCGCUCCCGGUCCCCCAGCGAUGUCUGAGUGACUUUUCUCUCUGUCGUACCGCACCGAGUGACCAUCUAUCCAGUGAACUAUUACAGUGCCUGUUCUAAACUUCAAACUACGUCGUGAAGUCGUUGGAAAAAUGCUUGAGUAUUAGCACUUUAUACAUGUGUGUAUCUCUCGAGAGUGGUUCGGGGUAUGCAGUUUUGGGUUCCAUGGGAAAAAAAAAUGUGAUUGUAUAUAAAUUUACACAUCACAUUUAUAAAGUGAAGACAUUCCAAUAAUGCUUAAUUUUAGCACCUUAUUUCUAGCUGCUGACCUGCCAAAACAGUGUUGCCUUUCUGAAGUGCAGAGAGAGAGAAAGUUGUG